CGCGUAUUGAAAUGUCAAAGUUUAAUCCUCUAUAUACCAUUCUUGUCACAGUUAUUGAGGGUCGAUAUUUUACACAAAAACCAAAUUCGAAGCUCUAUGCCGAAUGUAGAUUUAUCUUCCGAAAGACUAACUUCUACAACUUUAUCACUGGCCAAGAAUAUAACCAAACAUAUCAAUCUUAUAAUACAACCGUGACUAAUAUUGAUACAUCUCGAGUUAUUGAUGCUGACUCAUCACUCCAUUACCAAUAUUUACACCUAAGCAAGUUUCAGAAG